UUUCGCGGGCUUUGAGUAUCACGUGUUUGUUUCGCGCGAAAAGCGGCUCUCGACAGGAAGAAGGAGAUUCUUUACCAGAGGCAGAGAGAAGCACGUUAAACAAUGGCGGAUUCCUCCGAGUCCUACCACAUGGCCACCAGCCCCAGCCGCACCUCCAGGAGAGGAGACCUGACCUCCAGCCCCGGACGAGACCUGCCGCCCUUUGAGGAUGAGUCAGAGGGGUUGCUGGGGGAGGGACCCCUGCCUGGGGAGGAGGAGGAGGAGGGAGAUGGAGAGGACCUGAUUGGGAUGGGGAUGGAGAGGGAUUACCGUCCCAUCCCAGCUCUGGAUCAGUACGAGGCAGAGGGUUUGGACCUGGAUGACGAGGAUCUGUCGGAGCUGUCGCCCGGAGCCCGAGCCGCUGCCGAAGAGGCCAUGAGGAGGAGGGACAGGGAGCAGGGAAUCAGCGGGCGGCUCAGGAGAGGACUGCUCUACGAUAGUGAAGACGAGGAUGACGAGCUCCCCGCCUCCCGACGGAGGCGCAUAGGUGAGCGUGCAGCAGAAGGCAUCACUGAUGGAGAGGAAGAGGAAAUGAUCGAGAGCAUUGAAAACCUGGAAGACAUGAAGGGCCACACUGUGAGGGAGUGGGUGUCCAUGGCGGCUCCCAGGCUGGAAAUCUACAACCGCUUCAAGAACUUCCUGCGGACACACGUAGAUGAAAACGGCCACAACGUCUUCAAGGAGAAGAUCAGUGACAUGUGCAAAGAGAAUAAGGAGAGUCUGGCUGUGAACUAUGAAGACCUGGCAGCCAGAGAACAUGUGUUGGCCUACUUCCUCCCAGAAGCCCCGGCUGAGAUGCUCAAGGUGUUUGAUGAAGCUGCUAAAGAAGUGGUGCUGGCCAUGUACCCGAAAUAUGACCGCAUCGCCCACGAGAUCCACGUCCGCAUCUGCAACCUGCCGCUGGUCGAGGAGAUCCGUUCUCUCAGGCAGCUCCACCUGAACCAGCUGAUCCGGACCAGCGGCGUAGUGAGCAGCUGCACCGGCGUCCUCCCGCAGCUCAGCAUGGUCAAGUACAACUGUAACAAGUGUAACUUCGUGCAGGGGCCCUUCUUCCAGUCCCAGAACCAGGAAGUGAAGCCGGGCUCCUGUCCGGAGUGUCAGUCGCAGGGGCCCUUCGACAUCAACAUGGAGGAGACCGUGUACCAGAACUACCAGAGAAUCAAGAUCCAGGAGAGCCCUGGGAAAGUACCCGCCGGCCGCCUCCCGCGCUCCAAGGACGCCAUCCUGCUGGCCGACCUGGUGGACAGCUGCAAGCCCGGAGACGAGAUCGAGCUGACUGGCAUCUACCACAACAACUACGACGGGUCUCUGAACAUGGCCAAUGGCUUCCCAGUGUUCGCCACGGUGAUCCUGGCCAACCACAUCACCCGCAGAGACGAGGGCGUCGCCGUGGCCGAGCUGACGGACGAAGACGUCAAGGCCAUUGUCACCCUGUCGAAGGACGAACGCAUAGGAGAAAGGAUCUUUGCUAGCAUGGCUCCCUCCAUCUACGGCCACGAGGACAUCAAGAGAGCUCUGGCCCUGUCGCUGUUCGGAGGAGAGCCCAAAAAUCCAGGUGGCAAACACAAGGUGCGAGGAGACAUCAACGUGCUGCUGUGUGGAGACCCAGGAACGGCCAAGUCCCAGUUCCUCAAGUACGUGGAGAAGGUGGCGAGUCGUGCGGUGUUCACCACCGGUCAGGGCGCCUCUGCUGUCGGUUUGACCGCCUACGUUCAGAGACACCCGGUCAGCCGUGAGUGGACGCUGGAGGCCGGGGCGCUGGUGCUGGCCGACCGUGGAGUCUGUCUGAUCGACGAGUUUGAUAAGAUGAACGAUGCAGACAGGACGAGUAUCCACGAGGCCAUGGAGCAGCAGAGCAUCUCCAUCUCCAAAGCCGGCAUUGUCACCUCGCUGCAGGCCAGAUGUACCGUCAUUGCUGCCUCCAACCCCAUUGGCGGCAGGUACGACCCCUCCCUCACCUUUGCUGAGAACGUGGAUCUGACGGAGCCCAUUGUGUCGCGGUUUGACGUACUGUGUGUCGUCAGGGACACUGUGGACCCUGUGCAGGAUGAGAUGUUGGCCCGCUUCGUGGUCAGCUCCCACAUCAAGCAUCACCCGAGCAACAAGGAAGGGGGUGUGGCCUUAGAGGAGGUGGUUCUGCACAACUCGUCGGAUGUGCCGCCAAUUCCCCAGGAGCUCCUGAGGAAGUACAUCAUCUACGCCAAGGAGCGGGUUCAUCCCAAACUGAACCAGAUGGACCAGGACAAAGUGGCUCGCAUCUACAGUGACCUCCGCAAAGAGUCGAUGGCCACGGGCAGCAUCCCCAUCACGGUUCGGCACAUCGAAUCCAUGAUCCGCAUGGCCGAGGCCCACGCCAAGAUGCACCUGAGGGACUACGUCCUGGAGGACGACGUCAACAUGGCCAUCAGGGUCAUGCUGGAGAGCUUCAUCGACACGCAGAAGUUCAGCGUCAUGAGGGGCAUGAGGAAGACCUUUGCACGUUACCUGGCCUUCCGCAGAGACAACAACGAGCUGCUGCUCUUCAUCCUCAAGCAGCUGGUGGCCGAGCAGGUCGCCUACCAGAGGAACAGAUACGGAGUGCAGAACGACACCAUCGAGAUACCAGAGAAAGACCUGCAGGACAAGGCGAGGCAGAUCAACAUCCACAACCUGUCGGCCUUCUAUGACAGCGACCUGUUCCGCUCCAACAAGUUCAACCACGACGGGAAGAAGAAACUGAUCCUGCAGCAGUUCUAGACGCCCGCUCGUCCUCUGCCUCCCUGCUCAGCUCAGUGCUUCAUGAGCUCGGUUUCUGGGCCUAAAAUGGGUCAUUGGAAGAAAAAUGCUUUCAUCAUGUUGGAGUCCUUGGUGAGACGCAGGUACCUUUGGGUGUAACAGGCUGGAAAUGUCCAGAGGGACGUUUCUCAUCACAUAAACUUGUUCUACUGGAGGAAUCCGGCAGUUUUCACCUGAUGAAGAGGGCGAGUGGGAGACGGCUGGCGUCGGUGCUCCACAAACAUGAAUAUUGUUGGAGUUUUAAAUGCUGUGUUUUAUUUUGAAAGAAUUUAAUCUUAAAGUAGCGGCAGUGUUUCCACUCAUUGGUUCACAAAGUAAAAGCUUGUUGGUUGUUCAUACCUGACGUUACGCUGCUGCACCACAAACAGGCUGAAGAGUCUGAGUCCACCAACGUCUGUCAAAAAGAAAACUGCAAAAAAUAUACAAGAAAAACAAAAUAGACAAUGUUAUAAAUGGACUGAGUCAGCGUUUGCUCCUCCAUGUGCCUGCAUCCGCCCUCAGGUCAGGUUGUAAAUAAAUAUUUGUGUCUGUUCGCUGUUGAAUUUGUCUGCGGUUCCUCAGUCAUGAAGAAGUUUCACACUUGCUGACUACAGAGUUUUCUGUUCAAGCCAGAGUUGAACCCUCUACGUGUAGAUUAGGACACGUCAGACAUUGUUCGUUUCUAAUGUUGGAGUCACUUGAUGUUGGAUUGUAGUGCUGUUUUGACAUUAAACUUGUAUUUGCUGCA